UCAGCUCUUCUGAGUGCUUCUGUGUUCUGACAGCGCGAGUUCCGGCAAAAGCCGAUUUCUUCGGCGAAGCCGCAUUUACCGCCAACUUCUCCGUUUCCUCGAGUUACGGACAUACCGCAGCUAUCUAAAAUCGACCGUGUUACACGCUUGCGGUGCUACCGUCUAACGUCCUUUUGAAUGAAGAAUGUGGCUUUCAGAAUAAUAAAGUGCUCAACCGGUCUGCAGUACGGUAUGUCGUGGCGGCAAGUUAUCAUGGAAUUAAACAAAAUAAAUCGCGAAGUACAAACAACGAAAUGGCGCGGCCAACUGAGCUGAGAUUCUUGGAGAUUUCGACGCUCGGAUAGAGGAGGAAGAGUCGAAUACUUACUAAGCGGUAGACCUACCCAUACACAUUCGAGUUAACCUCGGCAGACCAUUCUGUGUCGGAUACUUCACCACCAUCCAAUAACAGCAGCAAUAUUUGUGCUGUGCGGAUUCAUCAUGGAUUCAAGGUCCCUGCAGCAACAGGGCGUGAGGUUACACCGUCUGCAUACCUGUUUUAUUACACGUUAACACAUCGAUAUGGGAUCCGAAGCUUGGGAAUUAGAGAGGCGAUACUCCGUCCCUGGAGCACUGGAUACCCGGGGUCUGGAACCACCUGCCAGCGAAGACUUGCACGCCUGGUCAAUUUAUAGGCAAAAUCUCAACUCUGACUUUACCGACUCAGCUUUGGGUUCAGCGGAGAAGUCUCCUUUACCGUAUGGUAAUUUUCAGCUCAGAGAUUCAACGGUUCAAAGCAUAUUACGGCAUCCAAGAUAUGGUCCCAAGAGUCCGUUGGCAAAUAAUUCAUAUACAUAUCUAAAAUUCGGACUUCCAAGGGUGCUGCCUCCGUCUAGGAUGCGGGAUGGUUCUAGCGGCUAUGAUUCGAGCGAGGAAGGGCGCAGGGUACCUCAUAAUGGGGGUGGCGCACAAACGAGUGCCAUGAGAUCGGCUAGGAGCGAUCCAGACUUUCGACAAGUUCAUGCUCUGCCUAGAGAACAGGCGAGUUCUCAAAUUAAUAUCAGGGAGAGUUCGAGGCUCAGAAGUGUCAGUGAGGCCAAUUUGUUGAAUACCUAUAGACCCAGUCGGAGACACAGUAUGGCACCAACUGAGCCUGGAUAUGUACACGGUGCUCUAGGUCCGGAAAAUUUUCCAAUGCAGAUUAGGCCAGUAAUGGCAAUGCAACACCCGCAUUUACAAUUUAGAGGCGUUGAGGCCUCUGGAUCUAAUGGACUGCCUUUAUUACGAGGUAUAUCAUUGGAAGCAGGAGCCAAUGAGGUACUCGCUGUAAUGGCCACGACAGAAAGAGAAGGAACACUUUUGAUGGAGACUAUUUCUGGGCAAAGGAAAAUUAAACGAGGAGAUAUUUUGCUCAAUGGACGAUCCAUGUCGGCUUCUUUGUUGAGAUCACGUGUUGCUUAUUUAUCGGCAGAAAGUACUCUGAGUCCAGGUCUUACGGCGGAGCAAACGUUGACCUUUUAUUUGAGAUUACAAGGAGGCUCGGCGUCAUCUUCAAUGGAAUCAGAUGCUAUUCUCCAAGAGCUUGGUUUAGAAGCGACGAAGCACUGUCUUGUCAAUACCCUUACUACGUCAGAAGUCCGUAGACUGGCUUUGGCGUGUCGACUGCUGCAAGAUUCACACAUAUUGGCUCUGGACAGACCGACACACGGCCUCGAUAUUUUUGACGCAUUUUUCCUUGUUGAAUACUUGAGGCAAUGGGCUGGGCGAGGACCGAGACUUGUAGUUCUAACCCUUCACCCUCCGACCUAUGAGAUACUGACUAUGGUCUCCAGAGUUGCGCUUACGUCUGGUGGUAGAAUCAUGUACACCGGUCCUAGGAGAGACAUGUUACCCUAUUUUGCACUGGCUGAGUUUCCUUGUCCGCCAUUUAAGAAUCCUUCAGACUAUUAUCUCGACCUAGUCACAUUAGAUGAUCUGUCUGCAGAAGCAAUGCUGGAAUCGUCGCAGCGGAUAGAUCACUUGGCGGAAUUGGCCAGGAUAAGAUUACCGGGAUUAACUGACCCUGGACCACCCGGACCAUUGCCCCUUCCUAUAUCGAGUGUGAAUAUAUUCAUACAAAUUUACGUCCUACUCCUAAAGACUUUGAUAUACAGCCAGCCUGGAGCACUUGCAAAAAUUUUACAAAAAAUUUUGUUGUCUGCAUCUUUGAGUAUAGUACUCGGUGCAGUAUUUUGGAACGUAUCCAAUGACACAAACUUAUAUUUAAGGGACAGAAUUGGAAUGCAUUACGCCAGUUUUGGCGUGUUAUGCUGGCCACUUAAUUUAAUAGCUAUCAGUGAAGUAAAUGCAGCUAGACCCAGUGUCGAGAGAGAAAUCAGGGACAGAUUGUACGGACGAUUCGUCUAUAUUUUUAUAGAGUUGCUGUGUGGUAUACCUUCAUGGUGUGCUAUAUACCUGAUAUAUUUGGCUCCAGCAUUUGCAAUGUCUGGCCUGCAUUUAGCUCCAGAUGAAAAUUUGACUGCGCUGUGGCAUUACCUCGCGAAUGGGUUGCUGUAUUUGAUGUUUCAGCACUUGAUAUGCGUCUUCUUCGCUCAUAUUUGCAAAUGGCCUGGCUUGGCAGCAUUUUUCUCCGGCUUAAUAAUCUGCGAAAUAACAUUGGCCGGUGGCGUAAGCUUACAUUUGGAAAAUUUCCCAUGGUGGUACAGGCAAUGGAGUCCGAUGCAAUGGGUACUGUCUUUGUUACUACCGCAAGUACACGGACCUUGCAAAGCUAAACAAAUUUUACGCCAAGAUAUAAUCGUUCAAGCAACUUGUGAAACUCCUGACGGUGCUGCAGCUUUGCAGGAAAUUGGUCUUGACAAAAUCAAGACUCAAGCAGUUUUAUGGUUGAGUGUUUCGACCGCAGUCUUGAUCGUUUUAAUUAUAAUAGGAUUUUUAAUAUUUAAAUAUGCUACGCCCAAACGACCGAGAAGCGCACCAAAUAAACCGUGAGAGCUCGUUGUCCUUCUAAUGCUUUUGAGCAACGAGAGAAUGCUACGUAAACGUUUAACAAAACAGUAUUCAGAGUUAUCCGCUUGGAACAAUUUAACUGGUCAUGAAUUCUUGUAAUGUGCAAUAUAUUGCGUGAGUUGCAAAUGUCGGGUGCAUAAUUAUUCAGUAUAUACGGUAAUGCAAAUUAAUUUGCCUGCCGUCUUCUAAUUUCAUAACGUAUAAGCUACGAGUAUACUGUAUGUAUUAUUUUAAUAGGCAUUGUACUUUAAAUGUAUCUCGGAGAUGUCUAACUUACUGUGACUCUUUAAAGUUGAGAUCUUUAAAAACUUACAGAGUAGACAUUGAACGUACGUGGGACAGGUGAGAGUGUGAACAAUUAUUCUAAACUCUUUAAUAUAAACGGUUAUGAAACCAAACCAUACAUGAUACACUUUUCUGAAAAUAAAAGUAACGUCCCAACAAUGGAGCACAUGAUUUAUCACCAAUUGUUACACCGACAUUACCUAAUUACUUUUUUCAACUCUUUUGGAAAAAUAUGAACUUUAUUAACACGUGUUGUAAUUCGCCGGCUCACAUCUGUUUUCUGACAACGCAAGGCCUGGCUUUGAAUCGAACCUUCUACUGUAAGCGUGUCAUAGUUUUUGAUGAAUAUUUUUUGUUUGUUUGUGCAUAAGUGAGCCAGCUAUGUUGGAGGGGCAAAAAAUCUUUCCCACUUGCAACUGUUCGUUGUGGUGGGUGAAUGAUUAUUAUUGUUGAUUCAAAGUUGAAGAGGGUAUUGUACUCUCUGUGAAUCUAGCCAUAAAUAGAUAAUCCUUAUUUCUGCAAUAAACAUAUAAAGAUCUGAUUUGGUUCAGCAAAAACCAUUUCUCAACAACAA